AACAAAGUCCAAAGACAGUUCCACCUUUCUUAAAAAGUGUGUAAUUUAGUGAUCGAACUGGUUAUACUUGCUAAAAUCACCUGGAGUGAUGUAAGAGUUGCCUGUGAUCCUAGAGGACAAAGAGCUGUCAGUUAGUCUCAGGUGGAGCUGCUGCUCGGAGUCUCCCAACUCUCACAGCAGGACUGAAACAGGACUGUCAUGAGGAUAACGUGAAGUGUGUUUGGUGCCAAAGCUGGCUCUCUUUGGGAGGAUUUUGACUGGGUGUCUCUAUGAAGCACUGGGAGUCAUGACAGAUUUGUGGUUAAUAUCUGUCCCUUUGGACAAGACCAGUUUAACCAGCGUAGACAAACUGAAGCGCCAAAUAGCCAAAACCAACCUCACCUCCUGCUGUAGAUUCUCCAUCCCUGAACUAAAGGUGGGAAUACUGGACAGUCUGCUCAGCGUGUCAGAUGAUCUAUCCAAGCUUGACACACUGACUGAGAGUGUGAUUAAAAAAACGCAUCAGUGUAUGAGGGAGGUGAUGGAGCAGUCGGAUGAUAAAGUGCUGGAAAACGCCUUGGCCAAUGGAGUGGAUCUGAUGAGCUAUGUGACCAAGUUUCAGUGGGACAAAGCCAAGUAUCCCACCGCUCUGCCUCUGUCCACCCUGGCAGACAUCAUCAACAAGGAAGUUUCCCAGAUGGAGACAGAAUUGAAGUCCCGAGCUGUGGCGUACAACAGUGUGAAAAUGAGCCUACAGAGCUUUGAGCACAAAAUAAACGGGAGUUUACACACUUGCAGUCUGAGUGACAUAGUGAGGAGAGAAGACCUGGUGGUGUCCGAGUAUCUCACAACUCUUCUGGUCCUGGUCAGCAGAGGGAGCUACCUGCAGUGGGAGAGGACUUAUGAAUCUUUGUCGCAGUUUGUGGUUCCUCGCUCCAGCAGGAAGCUGUACGAGGACGGAGAGGGAGGCAUUUUCUCCGUCACACUCUUCAAACGAGCCGUGUGUGAAUUCAAAGCCAAAGCCCAGGAGAGCAAGUUCAGCGUGCGCGAGUACAGCUUUGAUUUAGAGGAGAAGAAGCAGCAGGAGAUGAAGAAGCUCUGCGUUCACAAGAGGGAACAAUACGGAAUCUUUGUGCGAUGGCUGAAGGUGAACUUCAGCGAGGUGUUUGUUGCCUGGAUUCACCUCAAAGCUUUGAGGGUUUUUGUGGAAUCAGUCCUCAGGUACGGGCUGCCUCUGAACUAUCAGGCUCUUCUGCUGCAGACAGACAGGAAGCGGUCAAAAAAACUGAGGGAUGAGCUCUCUGAACUGUUCAUGCAUCUGGACCCGACGGCCACUGCUGACAAGACGGAGCUGAGCUUUGACAUCCCAGGACUGUGUCAGCAGGAGUACUCCUCCGUCAUCUGCUUCAAUAUCAACACCAACCUGCUGGAGAUCAGCUAGCAGUCAGCAAAAAGGAGGACACCGGCAGUAACCGAACAAAGAGGGCCCUGUCACCGACGCUGCUGUGAACAGCUCCAACUGUGAACAGAGACCCUCUUCUCUAAAUACAGCACAGCAAAUGAAGAAUAAAUCCACGGACGAUGUUUUCAACUUUUCUUGAGCGCUGGAAACAAUGGUGGAGCUUCCCUGGGACAGCUGUGUAAAUAACCUGCGGCCUGGAUGAGUUUUGGUGUUCUUUACCAAAAUAAGAGCAGCACAUGGACGACACUGUUGAGACGUGCUGCUCAUGAAACCGUGGAGCCGUGUACGAACCGUCCUGUAAAUGUGUAUGUUAGUGUACAGCUAUUUAAAGUUCAUCCUGGAAUCAUGAAGCAGAUUUCAUUUUAUUGUGACACUGUUUAUAUGUAUUUUGUCCUUCCACUCAUAUUAGAUCACACUGUAUUUAAUGUAAAGCCUCCAUUAGACGGGCACUCAGACCCAGUACCUAAUAAAACUACUGACUCCA